GACCGUUCCUAUAGAUACAGUGGUCUCUCCCAGGGCCGUUCCUAUAGAUACAGUGGUCUCUCCCAGGACCGUUCCUAUAGAUACAGUGUCCUCUCCCAGGACCGUUCCUAUAGAUACAGUGGUCUCUCCCAGGGCCGUUCCUAUAGAUACAGUGUCCUCUCCCAGGGCCGUUCCUAUAGAUACAGUGUCCUCUCCCAGGACCGUUCCUAUAGAUACAGUGUCCUCUUCCAGGGCCGUUCCUAUAGAUACAGUGGUCUCUCCCAGGACCGUUCCUAUAGAUACAGUGGUCUCUCCCAGGACCGUUCCUAUAGAUACAGUGGUCUCUCCCAGGACCGUUCCUAUAGAUACAGUGUCCUCUUCCAGGGCCGUUCCUAUAGAUACAGUGGUCUCUCCCAGGGCCGUUCCUAUAGAUACAGUGGUCUCUCCCAGGGCCGUUCCUAUAGAUACAGUGGUCUCUCCCAGGACCGUUCCUAUAGAUACAGUGGUCUCUCCCAGGACCGUUCCUAUAGAUACAGUGUCCUCUUCCAGGGCCGUUCCUAUAGAUACAGUGGUCUCUCCCAGGGCCGUUCCUAUAGAUACAGUGGUCUCUCCCAGGACCGUUCCUAUAGAUACAGUGUCCUCUUCCAGGGCCGUUCCUAUAGAUACAGUGGUCUCUCCCAGGACCGUUCCUAUAGAUACAGUGGUCUCUCCCAGGACCGUUCCUAUAGAUACAGUGGUCUCUCCCAGGACCGUUCCUAUAGAUACAGUGUCCUCUUCCAGGGCCGUUCCUAUAGAUACAGUGGUCUCUCCCAGGGCCGUUCCUAUAGAUACAGUGGUCUCUCCCAGGGCCGUUCCUAUAGAUACAGUGGUCUCUCCCAGGACCGUUCCUAUAGAUACAGUGGUCUCUCCCAGGACCGUUCCUAUAGAUACAGUGUCCUCUUCCAGGGCCGUUCCUAUAGAUACAGUGGUCUCUCCCAGGGCCGUUCCUAUAGAUACAGUGGUCUCUCCCAGGGCCGUUCCUAUAGAUACAGUGUCCUCUUCCAGGGCCGUUCCUAUAGAUACAGUGGUCUCUCCCAGGACCGUUCCUAUAGAUACAGUGUCCUCUCCCAGGACCGUUCCUAUAGAUACAGUGUCCUCUUCCAGGGCCGUUCCUAUAGAUACAGUGGUCUCUCCCAGGGCCGUUCCUAUAGAUACAGUGUCCUCUUCCAGGGCCGUUCCUAUAGAUACAGUGUUACAGUGGUCUCUCCCAGGACCGUUCCUAUAGAUACAGUGUCCUCUCCCAGGGCCGUUCCUAUAGGUACAGUGGUCUCUCCCAGGGCCGUUCCUAUAGAUACAGUGUCCUCUUCCAGGGCCGUUCCUAUAGAUACAGUGUUACAGUGUCCUCUCCCAGGGCCGUUCCUAUAGAUACAGUGGUCUCUCCCAGGGCCGUUCCUAUAGAUACAGUGUCCUCUUCCAGGGCCGUUCCUAUAGAUACAGUGUUACAGUGUCCUCUCCCAGGGCCGUUCCUAUAGAUACAGUGGUCUCUCCCAGGGGCCGUUCCUAUAGAUACAGUGUCCUCUUCCAGGACCGUUCCUAUAGAUACAGUGGUCUCUCCCAGGACCGUUCCUAUAGAUACAGUGGUCUCUCCUAGGAUCGUUCCUAUAGAUACAGUGGUCUCUCCCAGGGCCGUUCCUAUAGAUACAGUGUCCUCUCCCAGGGCCGUUCCUAUAGAUACAGUGUCCUCUCCCAGGGCCGUUCCUAUAGAUACAGUGGUCUCUCCCAGGGCCGUUCCUAUAGAUACAGUGGUCUCUUCCAGGGCCGUUCCUAUAGAUACAGUGGUCUCUCCCAGGACCGUUCCUAUAGAUACAGUGUCCUCUUCCAGGGCCGUUCCUAUAGAUACAGUGUUACAGUGUCCUCUCCCAGGGCCGUUCCUAUAGAUACAGUGGUCUCUCCCAGGGCCGUUCCUAUAGAUACAGUGUCCUCUCCCAGGGCCGUUCCUAUAGAUACAGUGGUCUCUCCCAGGGCCGUUCCUAUAGAUACAGUGGUCUCUCCCAGGGCCGUUCCUAUAGAUACAGUGUCCUCUCCCAGGGCCGUUCCUAUAGAUACAGUGGUCUCUCCCAGGGCCGUUCCUAUAGAUACAGUGUUACAGUGUCCUCUCCUAGGACCGUUCCUAUAGAUACAGUGGUCUCUCCCAGGGCCGUUCCUAUAGAUACAGUGGUCUCUCCCAGGGCCGUUCCUAUAGAUACAGUGUCCUCUCCCAGGGCCGUUCCUAUAGAUACAGUGGUCUCUCCCAGGGCCGUUCCUAUAGAUACAGUGGUCUCUCCCAGGGCCGUUCCUAUAGAUACAGUGUCCUCUCCCAGGGCCGUUCCUAUAGAUACAGUGGUCUCUCCCAGGGCCGUUCCUAUAGAUACAGUGGUCUCUCCCAGGGCCGUUCCUAUAGAUACAGUGGUCUCUCCCAGGGCCGUUCCUAUAGAUACAGUGUCCUCUUCCAGGACCGUUCCUAUAGAUACAGUGUCCUCUCCCAGGACCGUUCCUAUAGAUACAGUGUUAGUGUCCUCUCCCAGGACCGUUCCUAUAGAUACAGUGGUCUCUCCCAGGGCCGUUCCUAUAGAUACAGUGUCCUCUCCCAGGACCGUUCCUAUAGAUACAGUGGUCUCUCCCAGGGCCGUUCCUAUAGAUACAGUGGUCUCUCCCAGGGCCGUUCCUAUAGAUACAGUGUCCUCUUCCAGGGCCGUUCCUAUAGAUACAGUGUUACAGUGUCCUCUCCCAGGACCGUUCCUAUAG